AUGCCUAUGGCAGGGUUGACCGCAUCCAGCCUGAAGAAGCAUCCAGCGCUGCUUCCGCUGUUUGCUUGUGUGGGUGCUGGAGUUGCAUGGGCUUCAUAUUAUAUUUGGCGCUUGGCCACACAAAGCCCUGAUGUGGGCUGGAGAGCAAAAGAUGGAGACAUGCCUAACACAAGAUGGCCAGCAAACAAGCAGUACAAGUUCUAUUCACCAAAUGUUGAUUACAAAAAACUUGAGGUCCCGGAGGAGAAGCCCAAGAUCUAA